CGCCACCAUUACUCCGUCACCCAUGUGCGCCGGAUGUUCUUCUACAACGUGUUGAAGGAAAAUUCACGUGUGGAAUUUUUUUUUUUUUAUCUUCCACCAGCAGUCAGAAGUUGGAACAAAUAGUGACAGAUUAAUCGGCGGUGAACAGAUCCUCGUCUUCUUUUGCUUUUCAGGGUGUCUUUGUAGCUCAAAGUCAUGGGUCGGAAGUUGGAUCCCGCCAACAAGGUGAAAAGAGGGCCGGGGAAAAAAGCCAAGAAACAACAGGGAGCAGAGAACGAGUUGGCCAAGUUUAUAACUGAUGAGGAAACUGGACCAAAACGUCUGUCAAGUAGAGGCAGGAAAAGAGCUGCAAAGAGAGUCCACAAUUUAACAAAGCCUGAAGAUGUUGCUGAGGAACAGCCCAAGAAAGGAUUCACUGAUGAGAACAGUCAAUGGUUGAAACCAGCAAAGAGGAAGCGCAAAAUUGAUGAACCUGAAAGUGAGGAUGACAGUGAUGAUCACUGGGAGGAAGAAGAUGAGGAGGAUGAGGAGGAGCAACAACAACAACAACAACAGCAGCAGAAGAAAGGAGCAAAAGACCAAGGAAAGAAGGGUGCAAAAUCAGGAGUGAAACAGGAGGAGGAGGAGGAGGAGGAGGAGGAUGACGACGAUGAUGAUGAUGAUGAUGAUGAAAUGGUUGAUGACUACGGCACACUUGAUGACGGCAGUGGAGAUGAAGCAGCAGCAGAAGAAGAGAGUGAGGGAGAGGAACUCCUUCCUAUUGAGCGUGCGGCCAAGAAAGAGAAAAAGCUGAAAGAAACCAUGGCUGUAGGAAGUGACGAAGUUUACGAUGAGGAGGAGGAAGACAGCGAAGGUGAUGAUGAUGACGAUGAUGAUGAUGAAGAGAAAUCGGAUGCUGACAUGGAUGAGGAAGACACGUUACAAACCAACAUAGAUGAAAUGGAUAAAUUUAGGCUACCUAGGGCAGAAGAGAGCGAGAAGGAAGGUGUCCUGCCUCUAGACCUGAAGACAAUUCAUCAAAGAAUAAAGGACAACAUUGAUGUCCUCUGUAAUUUCUCAACAAAAAGGGAGGAGGGGAAAGAAAGGGCAGAGUACAUCUCUCUCCUCAAGAAGGAUCUCUGCACCUAUUACAGCUACAACAACUUCCUCAUUGAGAAAUUAAUAGACCUCUUCCCUCUCUCAGAGCUGGUUGAUUUCCUUGAGGCCAAUGAAAUUCAUAGACCUAUCACUAUUCGGACAAACACACUGAAAACGAGGAGGAGGGACCUUGCACAGGCCCUGAUCAACAGAGGAGUGAAUCUUGAUCCACUAGGGAAAUGGUCUAAAGUGGGUUUGGUGAUCUAUGACUCCUCAGUACCUAUUGGUGCAACGCCAGAGUACCUGGCUGGUCAGUACAUGCUGCAAGGAGCCUCCAGUUUUCUGCCAGUCAUGGCACUUUCUCCACAGGAGGGAGAGUUAGUGUUGGACAUGAGCUCAGCUCCAGGAGGCAAGACCACUUAUAUUGCACAGCUGAUGAGAAACACAGGGGUGAUCGUGGCUAAUGAUGCUAACGCUGAAAGAUUGAAGAGUGUGGUGGGAAACAUCCACCGUCUGGGCGUCACCAACACUGUGGUCUCCAACUACGAUGGCAGGCAGUUCCCAAAGGUAAUGGGUGGGUUUGAUAGAGUACUGCUUGAUGCUCCGUGCUCAGGCACAGGAGUCAUCGCUAAAGAUCCAGCUGUGAAGACCAGCAAGGAUGAGGCAGACAUCCAGCGCUCUGCUCACCUGCAGAAAGAGCUGAUUCUAUCUGCCAUAGACUCUGUCGAUGCUGAGUCACCCUCAGGAGGAUAUCUGGUCUACUGCACAUGUUCAAUAAUGGUCGAGGAGAAUGAAUGGGUGGUGGACUACGCUUUAAAGAAAAGGAACGUCAAAUUAGUUCCCACAGGACUUGACUUUGGCAAGGAAGGCUUCACCAGGUUCAAAGAACGCAGAUUCCAUCCUUCUCUGCGACUCUCUCGCCGAUUUUACCCUCAUUCCCACAAUAUGGAUGGGUUUUUUGUGGCCAAACUGAAGAAGUUCUCCAAUGUAAUUCCAACCGUGCCAGCAGGGAAAGAAGAAGAGAAUUCAGAGGCUCCUGAGGUGACAGUAGUUACAGAAUCUCCUCAGGGGAAACCGUCCAAAAGUGACAAGACCAACAAGACUGUCCCUGGUAAGGCAGGCAGCUCAAAGGGAAAAGCCCAAGCAAAUGGAACAGCAGCCAAGGAAAAAGCAAACAUCAAGUCAAAAGGCAAAAAGAAGUUACCUGCUGGACCAAAAAAGGCAAAGGUCGCCAAGAUGGAUCGAGAGACUGGGAAGGGGGGAGAGGCCAAGAAGCCUGCAAUGAAAACAACUGAGGAGACUAAAGCAUCAAAGGCUAACACAAAGGGAGGGAGCAGAUUUGAGAAAAAGCAGGCUCAAAAGAGAAAAUCACCCAUGAAGGGAAAGAACAGAAUGGGAAAGAAUAAAUUCAAAAAGUUGAAGCACAUGCUGCAAAAGCAAAACGGAGAGUGACAUUGUAUACAGUCUGUUUCAGUGUGCUUGAUAAUGUAAAAGCUUUGUAGAGCUUCGUUACAGAUUCAGAUCCACUUCCCUUCAGAUGAAGUUGUUGUGCUCUGUUGUCCAUUCAGAGCAGCAAUAAUUGUAUGCGUCAAACAUGAUUGUAACAUGGCCAUGUACAGAUGGAUUGGACUGGUCUGCGAUGUUCUUUUUAGGUUUAGUCCUCCCUUUUUUAUUUGUAUUACAGAAUAUUCAUUGUCUUGGUCUGUUGAUUUGAUGGCAGGGGGGGACAACUUCGAGAAAUCUGUGAGAUAUAAUAAAUCUUUUAAGAUAUUUUUCUCAUCA